AAAGUAUAGCUCAUCAUGGCCGAUGCAAAGACCCAGUUAACGAGGGACGGAACGAUGCAAGUGACUGCGAAGGAGGGAAUUGAGUAUCUUCAGGCAGCCAAGAAGGAUACAUUGUUGGAGUUGCAGGGUCUUAAACCUGGAGACACAGGAGCUCCAUCAUUGGCUAGAGCUGGCACCAUGGCUGUCACCGCUAAGGAAGGCAAUGCUUUGCUGGGCGAGUCCAAACCUGAUGCUGAUGCUCUUACUCGCGGUCAGCAGCGGAAGAUUGAUGAAAUUUCAUCAGAAAAGAUCCCUCAGUCACCAGCAAAGAAACCUCGCAUGUCUAAAGAUAACACCAUGGUUGGAACAGCAAAGGAAGCCAAAGCCUUACUAGGAAAUGAGAAGUUGGGAGACACUAGGCAAGAAACGAAAGCUAAACAGAAAAAGACUCCUGUUAAGCGAGAAACUACGAUGGCGAAAACGAUGAAAGAAGCUCAAGACAUUCUGGUGGGUGCUACAGAGGUGGGUCGCAGGACCCGCUCCCAGUCCCGUGGAGACACCAAACCAUCACCCCCAAAACGAGCAGGAACUAUGCAAUCAACAGCUAAGGAGGGCAAGGAGUUCUUGAAGCGAGGAAAGAAGGGUAACAAGGCAUCAGAGGAGGACGAAGGUGAAGACGAAGAUGCUGAGAAAGAUGAAGCCACAGAGUGACCAAUCAAAUCCUCAGAAAUCAUUGCCCUAAGGCUGGCAUAAUCACAAACAUGUCAUCUCCAUCCACCAUUUACAUUCAGGACCUUGCAGACGCCCAUUUAUUCGCAUUUGUCGUCUGCUGAACAGAUUAGAACUUACUGUGGGAAGAAUGUCGUCAGCGAGUUCUUUGGCUCUAUUCUACGGACAGUGGAAUGGCAUGUCAUUUUUAAUCUCACACAUUUACGUCUGGAUGUCUUUACAUUUCUGUGUUUUUAUAUAUCUAGUUGAUGUCUUGUUACAUGUACUUUGUCAUUUCAUUUAUAUUGCAGCAUUUGUGAUGUUGGUUGUUAGGAUAUUUGUCUAUCCUAGAUUUUUCAGUUCAAAUAAGUGAUGUUACCAAAGUUGUGUAUAAAAUUAUGUUCUUAAGGGUUUUUUUAAGAUAUAAACAAAAUUUUUAUAUGUAGUUCUGACAAAGUAAUGUGCUGGAAAUUUUUAGAUAAAUUUGACACAUUCUGAGCCAUUAUUAAGAUAUUUAGUGAUCCUUAAAAGUUGUACUAAUAAGUGGUCCUCUGGUGAUGUUUUAAUGGGAUAUUUCUUUUAAUUUGUUCUUUUAGACUUGAUUAUAUUAUAUAUAUACAUAUGUACCUGUACAUUUACUAAUGUAGAAAGUAAAGUUUUUG